AUGUCUUCUCCAGCUGCCAACGACCUCGCGCAGAGCUCGGUAGACACACCACCAAACGAGAUCACACAGACCUUCUCCGAGUUAACCAAGAUCGACAACGAUCGCGACCCCGACAGUUCGUUCGGAAGCCCGUUCACGGAGAUGAGCGACACGAUGUCAUCUGACGAGCUUGCCACGACCGAAACGGUCGACAUAUCGACCAGCGCCUACGCCCAAAAGCGUAAAGAGCUGAUGGAGCUCACCAGGGAUCUGUUCUCCAUGGGCGCACAAACGCUCAUCGACUUGCCACGAAUCGUAGUUAUCGGUGGACAGUCAGCGGGAAAGAGCUCCUUGGUAGAGGCCGUCAGCGGCAUUAACGUUCCUCGCGACAGCGGAACCUGCACGCGCUGCCCCGUGGAAUGCUCCAUCAUAGGCAACGCGGAAGAGUGGUCCUGCCACAUCUCCCUCCGGUUCGAUUACGACAAGGACAACCAAGCCCUCUCCCAGCCUACCAGGGCCGAAUUCAGCCCUCCCCUCACCGACAAGGCCGGGGUCGAAUUAUGGAUCCGUCGCGCCCAGGCCGCCAUCCUCAACCCGCAAGAGGACUAUCGCACGUUUCAGGGUCGCUCGACGCAAGACAUUCGGGACUACCCGAACAUGCUCAAGUUUUCACGCAACAUGGUCUGCGUGAACAUAAUGGAUCCGGACGCGACCGACCUCUCUUUCGUGGACCUUCCCGGGUUGAUUCAGAACGCGUCCGAUUCGGACGUGAAGCUCGUCCGCGAUUUGGUCGAAGUCAACAUCAGGGGCGAAUCCACCCUCAUCCUCGUGACGAUCCCGGCCAGCGACGAGAUGGAGAACCAGCUAGCCGUUCGUCUAGCACGUCAAGCCGACCCUCUGGGAAAACGUACUAUCGGUAUCAUUACGAAACCGGAUACAUUGACCAGAGGGGCGACCAGCGCUCGUCAGAAGUGGAAGGCGGUUCUCGAGGGCAAGUCCCACACGCUCAAACACGGCUAUUACUGCGUAAGACUCCCUGACGACGACGAGAGAGCUCGAGGAAUCUCCCGCGACGAGGCUGACAAGAUUGCGACCGAUUUCUUCGACUCGACCGCUCCAUGGGACGAAAUAGUUGUCAACCAACGCACGCGCUUUGGAGUACCCAACUUCAUCUCCAACAUGAGCCAUUUGUUGAUGGGCGUCAUUGAAUCCGCAUUACCCAAAGUGAAAGCCGACGUCAACCGACUCUCGAUCGAAAACCUCUCCCAGCGCGUCGCGCUACCCCAGCAUCUCGCCAGCGACCCCGCCACGGAGCUCCUGCGGAUGAUGACAGGCUUUUGCAGCGAGAUCCGCGCCGUUGUCCAUGGCGAGAAUCAUGAUGACAUGCGGCUCGUGCAGAGCAACCGCGCCCUGUACGCGAUCUUCAGAAAGGCCGUGCGUGCGACCGCGCCCGAUUUCCGGCCGUUCGAGAACCACACUCGAUACCAGCUCCCGCCGUUGCAAGAAGGGCCCGAGUUCGACGACGAGUUUGUCGAAAGGGAUGUGGGAGUUCCGGUGAUGGACCUCUGGGCGGUGCGGAGCGUUGUUCGACAAUCGAUUGGAUGGGAGCUUCAGAACAAUGUUCCCUUCGCGGCAAAGAAGAAGAUUAUUCAAGGCAUCACGGCCCUCUGGAACACGCCUGCGGUGGCAUGUUUUGACGCAGUUUUUGCUGGUCUGGAAGGUUUCGUCCAGGGCUUGAUCGAGAAGUACUACGGCCCGUUUGAUCGCCUCCGGGAUUGGAUGAGUGUCGCGGUCGAUAGACUAAUCGGGGAAUGCCGCGAGGCAGCAAUUCAAGUAGUCCUGUCCCUCCUCAAAUUAGAGCAUUCGCCACUCUACACCCAAAACGACUACUACAUCGAGGACGCCCGGCAAAAGUGGCUCGCGCAUUUCCACGAAGUUCGCAAAGACCGGCAUCUCUAUACGCGGCGCGCUGCCCCGGCGAGGGCCAAACCCGGGAAUCCGUACGAUACCGACGAUACCGACGAAGACGAGGACGAGGUCGUGGGAAUGCGGUACGAAUCAUCUGACCAGUCGGCCCUGAUGGCGCUGGCGAAGCGAGGCUACGAAGGGCUCAAGACAAACGACUUGAAACGCCUUCACCCACAGGACGACUUUGGGAACGAGCUGAUCGUCAUGGCGGACGUACGAGCCUACUUCCAGGUCGCGUACAAGCGCGUCAUCGAUUACGUCCCGCUCGCUAUUGAGCACGCGCUCAACCAGGCGUUCGCGGAAAGCCUACAGGAUCAGCUUUUCGCCGCUUUGGACUUCAGCUCUGCCGACGCUUUGGACAGAUUCAAAGAGUUGCUGAGCGAGAACCCGAUCGUGGCGGCGAAGAGACGCGAACUGGAGGACAAGCGAGGGCGUCUCGCCGAGAUACAACGCAAGCUCAGCGAGUUCAAGGUUUGA